UGCUGGGAUCAGCGCGUGCGAGAAGGGCGAGCAGUGGCAGCGGGCCCUGGCGCUGCUGAGCGAGAUGCGGGAGGCGAAGCUGGAGCCCAACGUCAUCAGCUGUAGUGCUGGGAUCAGCGCGUGCGCGAAGGGCGAGCAGUGGCAGCGGGCCCUGGCGCUGCUGAGCGAGAUGUGGGAGGCGAAGCUGGAGCUAGACGUCAUCAGCUAUAAUGCUGGGAUCAGCGCGUGCGAGAAGGGCGAGCAGUGGCAGCGGGCCCUGGCGCUGCUGAGCGAGAUGCGGGAGGCGAAGCUGGAGCCCAACGUCAUUAGCUAUAGUGCUGGGAUCAGCGCGUGCGCGAAGGGCGAGCAGUGGCAGCGGGCCCUGGCGCUGCUGAGCGAGAUGUGGGAGGCGAAGCUGGAGCCCAACGUCAUCAGCUACAGUGCUGGGAUCAGUUCGUGCGCGAAAGGCGAGCAGUGGCAGCGGGCCCUGGCGCUGCUGAGCGAGAUGCGGGAGGCGAAGCUGGAGCCUAACGUCAUCAGCUAUAGUGCUUGGAUCAGCGCGUGCGCGAAGGGCGAGCAGUGGCAGCGGGCCCUGGGGCUGCUGAGCGAGAUGUGGGAGGCGAAGCUGGAGCCCAACGUCAUUAGCUAUAGUGCUGGGAUCAGCGCGUGCGCGAAGGGCGAGCAGUGGCAGCGGGCCCUGGCGCUGCUGAGCGAGAUGCGGGAGGCGCAGCUGGAGCCCAACGUUAUCAGCUGCUGUAGUGCUGGGAUCAGCGUGUGCGAGAAAGGCAAGGAGUGGCAGCGGGCCCUGGCGCUGCUGAGCAAGAUGCAGGAUGCAAAAUUACGGCCCAACACCAUCGGGGACAGCGAUGAGACCAGUGCUUGCGAGAGUGGCGAGCUGUUGCAGCGGGCUUCGGUACAACUGAAUGGGAUGCGUGCGACUACGCUUGAACCGAGCGUCAUCACUGAGACACGCUCGAACGGCAAAGUAAACCCGAAGAGGCUGAUCUGA